AAGAAAUGAAUGCAAUAAAAUCAUGAGAUAGCGUAUUAUGAGCAAUCACUACAUUCAUUUAACUCUAUAUACGAAUAUACUAGCAUCCGAAUUUUGAUCUGCUUCGGUUUAUUGAACUUAUUUUAAAAUUAUAAAAGAGAUAGCGUAAGUUUUUAGCUUAAAUUUUAUCAUUCUCUGCUAUUCUCUACUAUUAUUUUAUUAUUAUUUGCUAAGCACAGCAAGCGCACACUGCGAUCAUCCGAACUACAAUACGCGCUCUUUAUCGCAGUCUGUCUCGAUGUUAUCUUUCACUUUCUGCCUUUUAUGCAUAUCAUUUUCUAAACGUAUAAACAAUUAUAUUAAUUUUUAUCUUAUAAUUUUUUUUAUUGCUAAUUUUUCGCCACUUUGAAGUAGUCUGCCGACACUUUCUCUUCCAGGAAACAGUCUGCCAAUAAUUAUGACAUCUUGUUUUAAUAAACACUAAACAUUCCCGCAGAUUUUAUGUUUAAAUCUUAUUCUUUUUUUUGUCGUGACUAUCUUUAGUCCGGCCCCCGUCUUAAUCUUCCUAACCGCUUAGGAAGACUGGUGGUUCGGCAAUACUAAAGAACCUUUUUAGGUAGACAUUCCACGAUGGUUAUUGAUGCUAUUUUUAUGUAGCUAGCUCUUAGUCUAUUUCUUGGGUCGGAUAUCCACGUGGGGAGAUUUAAGAAGAAGAAGAAAGUUUUGGAACGCAACCAAGGAGGGACGGGAGCCAUUACAAAAAAGAAACAGAAGUGCGGUGACCCGUAGCCGCUCUCAAGUCUCAGGUUCUUCUCUGCAAAAGACCAACAAAAUGGCAACUGAAAUAGAAACGAGCUUGCUGGUGAUCGUUUUGGAUGUAAAUUCAUUACAACGGAUAGUAAAGCAAGAAAUGAAGAUAUUAUCACAGUGUUUAGACUCCACAAUUGUCUUUGCGAAAGCUCAUCUCGUGCAGUCAUCUAAUAAUGAAUUGGCAAUAAUGGCAUGUCAUGGUCACAGUGCUAAAUUCCUCUACCCUUAUAAAACCACAGCAGAAAUAAGGCAGAUGGAUGACCAGUAUGAAAAGUUUACCAUGGUGGAACGUACAGUGCGUCAACAAUUACAGCAGGUUAUCAACGAAGUCCCUAUUCCACUGAACACAAAAAGUCUCAUUUCUAAUGCGCUCAGCAUGGCAUUGUGCUAUAUCGCUCGAUUAAAGAGAGAAAAGUUUGCCGGUCAGAAGUUGCAUCCUAGAAUAAUAGUCAUUACAGCCAGCAACGACUCAGCAACUCAGUACAUGAACUACAUGAAUAUAUUCUUCACUGCACAGAGAAUGAAUGUCAUUUUGGAUGUGUGCAGUCUGGAUCAGGAGCUGACAUUGUUGCAACUAGGCUGUGUCAUUACUGGUGGCAAUUAUUUGAAGGUGCCACAGCUUGAUGAAUUACUGCAGGAUUUAUUGGUAAACUGUUUACACUUAAUUUUAUCAUAAUUAACGCAAAUUAUUAUGUACAUCAUAAUUAAAUAUUUGCUUUAUAAUUUAGUGUAUUUUCCUGCCUGAUCCAAGUGUUAGGUCAAAACCGGUUCUUCCUCUGCUAAUAAAAUGUCUGCUAGUGAAUAGAAAUGCAGAAUGUUUUU